UUUAGUAAUCCAACUACCUACAUUGAAACCAAAUUGCCACUGUCCCACUUUCCCCUCCACCCUUCCUUCUCCUACAUAACAAUGCCUGCCAUGCCAGAUCUUACACACUCACUACAACACUGCAAUUUGCAAGCAAACAUAUAUACGACAAUAAUGUUAUUGUUCAGAAUCUUACUUGUUGGUUUUUUCCUCUUGGCCUCCGUCGACGCUUGUUCGCCCUCGGACAGAGCCGCGCUUCUUGCAUUCAAGGCAGGGCUGCAGGAGCCCUACUUAGGAAUCUUCAAUUCAUGGACUGGAAAUUCCUGCUGCGGUGGUUGGUACGGCGUCAGCUGUGAGCCUGAAACUCUCAAGGUCACUGACAUUACUCUCCGUGGCGAGUCGGAGGAUCCGAUCUUCGAGAAGGCCGGGAGGACUGGGUAUAUGACUGGUUCGAUUUCGCCGGAGAUUUGUAAGCUCGAUAGUCUUACGAUCCUCGUAGUUGCAGAUUGGAAAGGAAUAUCCGGCGAGAUUCCGAAAUGCUUGACGAAACUAAGCAAUCUUCGAGUUAUAGACCUUGUUGGAAACAAGAUCAGCGGCGAAAUUCCUUCGGAUAUCGGAAACUUAAACCGUCUUACCCUACUUAAUCUCGGGGAAAAUGCGAUUUCCGGUAGUAUACCAGCAUCGAUCGUGAAUAUCGGCAGUCUAACGCAGUUGGACCUCAGAAACAAUCGAAUCACCGGUGAGAUUCCAUCAGAUUUCGGGAAAUUACAGAUGUUGAGUCGAGCGUUACUUGGCCGGAAUGAACUCACGGGUUCGAUUCCGAAUUCCAUCACGAAAAUGUCCCGGCUGGCGGAUCUUGAUUUGUCGAUGAACGGAAUCUCCGGGUUGAUUCCGCCAAAUAUCGGGAAAAUGCCGGUUCUUUCUACUUUAAAUCUGGACAGUAAUAGAAUCUCGGGACAAAUACCUCCAACUCUGAUGAGCAAUGGCGGAUUAGGGAUUCUGAAUUUGAGCCGAAACAGUCUGGAAGGUCAGAUUCCGGACGUAUUCGGCAAGGAUUCAUAUUUCAUGGCGCUCGACUUGUCGUUCAAUGCAUUGAAAGGUCCGAUACCAAAUUCAUUGUUGUCAGCCAAAUACGUUGGGCAUUUGGAUCUGAGCCACAACCAUCUUUGUGGGUCAAUACCCAUCGGGUCCCCGUUUGACCACCUUGAAGCGUCGUCGUUUACUAACAACGACUGCCUUUGUGGGAACCCGUUAAGGACCUGUUGAUUAAACGGGUUGGGUUAGAUCCGAAUGGAUGGAUCCGGUCUUGGGGCAUGUUUAUAUUUAAAAGAAAUAUGAUAAUAAAAUUAUUUUUGGGGGGAUUUAAUGAGUAGACUGUGGAGAAAUGAAGAAGGAAGAAUGCCUUUUUAUUAUUUUAAAUUGUUAUUAUUAUUACUUUUUUCUUUGUUUCUUCUAAAUGUAAUCUCAAUCUUAUAAAUAAUUAAAUUUAGUUACUUUUAAGGAAUGAAGAAUGAAGAAUGUUACUUUUUGUUAUAAAAUUGGAGGAGGUUGGAUUGCACGUGAAAAUGUGAAAUGUCACGUGUUUUUUUCUUUUCAUUUUAA